GCAAUGGGGAUCCAGGGGUUGCUGCCGCAGCUGAAGUCGAUCAUGGCGCCCAUCGGGGUGGAGGCGCUGAAGGGCCAGACGGUGGCCGUCGACACCUACUCCUGGCUCCACAAGGGCGCCCUCUCCUGCGGCGACCGCCUCUGCAAGGGCCUGCCCACCACCAGGCACAUCGAGUACUGCAUGCAUAGAGUUAACAUGUUGCGGCACCAUGGCGUGAAACCAAUCCUUGUAUUUGAUGGAGGUCAUCUGCCAAUGAAGGGUGAUCAAGAGACGAAACGUGAAAGGUCACGAAAGGAAAAUCUUGAACGCGCCAAGGAGCAUGAAUCUGCUGGGAAUUCUCGUGGUGCUUUUGAGUGUUAUCAGAAAGCUGUUGACAUUACACCUAGAAUUGCUUUUGAACUGAUCCAGGUACUGAAGCAAGAAAAGGUUGAUUAUAUUGUUGCGCCUUAUGAAGCAGAUGCACAAAUGACAUUCUUGUCUGUGAACAAACUUGUUGAUGCUGUUAUCACUGAGGAUUCAGACCUGAUACCAUUUGGCUGUUCUAGAAUUAUUUUCAAGAUGGAUAAGUUUGGACAAGGUGUUGAAUUUCAGAUUACACGAUUAGAGCGGAGCAGGGAGCUUGAUUUUAAUGGAUUCACGAAGCAAAUGUUACUUGAGAUGUGCAUUUUAAGUGGCUGUGACUAUCUUCCAUCAUUGCCUGGAAUGGGUGUGAAACGAGCUCAUGCACUUAUUCAAAAGCUUAAGAGUCAUGAGAAGGUUAUCAAGCACCUGAGGUACAGUGCUGUUUCUGUUCCACCUCAAUAUGAAGAGAACUUCAGAAAGGCAAUCUGGGCAUUUCAGUUCCAAAGGGUCUAUGACCCUGUGACAGAAGAUAUUGUGCAUUUGUCAGGCAUACCCCAUGGCAAUAGUGAAGACUUGGACUUUUUGGGCCCAUGGUUACCACAGACUGUUGCUAAAGGCAUUGCUCUAGGGAAUAUUGAUCCGAUUACCAAGGAACCAUUUGAGGCCAAACCAGAGAGUAGUGCACCUGCUUUUUAUAAAGUGCAUCCGAUCAGAGAGUCCGUUGUUCGUUCGAAUGAAACAAAUGGAAAGAAAAAGCUUGACCUGCCUGUCCAAAGAAAUGUAUUGACAAAUUACUUCUGCUUAGCAUCUCUUGAGGCAAAACGGAAGUUCAGGGCACCUAAGGUUACGCCUAAGCAACAAAUGUUGAAUGGGUCUCUAUCCAGUCCCAGAAUUGAAGGCUGUGGUACCCCUGAUUCAAUUGAAGAUACUAGUUUGCCGUCAAAUAACAUUCAAGCUUCUCAGUGUAGUUCUGAGAAUUUUAGCUCUGGAACCCCUCUAGAUGAUUCAAUCAAUACUGCCUCUCAAUGUUCUGAGCGUGUCCGCUUUGAUUUCUCUUGGGAUGAUUCAGCCAGUGCUUCACCCCAAUGUACUUCUCAUGAUAUUGGUAGUGAUCCCUCUGAGGACCCAGACAUUGAAGACACAAAGGUCGAGGUCAACUACCUCAACAGAAGGACAAUACCAGCAGGUUCUUGCUUAGAGGGGACUUUGCCUGAGAUAUCAGAUCCAUUCUUAGAUUCACAGAACACAGAACCAUCCAGAGCUGCACCACAUUGUGCCGAAAAAAGCAAUGUGGCAUCUGCCAAUAGAAAUAUUACUGUAAAGAGUUCAUAUUUCAAAACAGUAAAUAAAAGACUUUACAAAAAUCAAGGAGAAGACAAGGUACAUGAUGAAGGUAACCGUGAGACUGGUAAUUGCACUCUUCCUGGAGAUCAACUAAGAAGCUCUGGAGGUAUAUUGAAGAGAAGAAAAUUUAGUUAUCCCCAAAAUUUUGAAGAUGAAAUGUUUCAACCCACCAGUCCUAAUGAGAGUCUGCCGGUUAUUGAUCAAGGCUGUGACAAUGAUUCCCUUGACAGUACCGACACUAAUGCUGAAGGAAAAUUUGGAUGCAAUGUUUCCCAUGUAAAUAAAUACAGUGGCAUUGCAGAAAAAUCAAUGGACAAAUUUGCUGCGCUGAUAUCAUCUUUCAGAUACGCAGGCUCUCGUGCCAGUGGCCUUCGCGCCCCUUUGAAGGAUGUGAAGAAUACUCUUUCUGUUAGAUCUGCUCUCAGACCUCCAGAACAGGGAUUCAGCUGUACAGCCAAGAAAACUACUAGAGUGCCUCCUCUACAAUGCAGAUUCUCAAGUGAUGCUACAAACACCACCGAUGCUCCUGAUCUGAGCACAUUUGCAUACAGACCUAAAUCAACUGCCUUUUGUCAUCCUGAUCAAAGGAAGGUCACACAUAAAGCUGCUGAUGCUGAUGAUGGUCCUCCAGAUCUGAGAUCAUUUGCGUAUGCACCAACAAUAUCUACCACCAGCCCUCUUGAUCAAAGCAAACGCACAUCCAAAGCUAUGUGCAGUACCGAGAGCCCUCCUGAUCUAAGCACAUUCGCAUAUAAACCCAUGCAAAGCGCAGCCAGACGUUCAGAUGGAAGCAGGUUUUCAGAUGCACCAUUAAAAGCAGCUCGACGAACCUCCCGGAGUUGAUUCCCACAGAAUUGUGGACGCACCUGCCAGCCUCCUUAUCUGAGUGUAUACCCCAAAGUUUGUGUCAAUAUCUGAUCUGGGCUCAACAAACUCCAAUCCAGCAGCAGAUGCUGUCAAGAAAGCGCACUCCUGAAUGGAAGUACGGCUGUAGUAGCUGAAAUUCGCUAGUUCCUGCAGGGCUCAUCAGUUCAGAGCUCACUUGUAUGUUGUAUCUGUGCAGUCUGAAGCAUUCGUGCUCUGAAGGGAAGUGCAUGCCUACAAGCGGCGGCACUUCAGUUUCAGUUUUCAGAGCCCAUUCUUGCUACACUUUGCAAGGCAAAUGUACGUGUGCUCGUUUUUGUCUUGUUCAAUGAGGUUGAUGUAUGAAAAGCAGUCGAAUUUGCGACGCUAUUUAAACCUCAACUGAGGUUACUUUUGUAUUUCUUCUUUUUGAUUUUUGAAAAGAUUCUGUUGUAUCGUAAUGUAUGUUCAUUCUUAUACAAGUGAGCAUACCUUCAGAAAACAGAUAUUAUGUUCUUAGUUUCUUACCAAAGUAAUGGGAAGCCUUUGACAGAGCUGUAUGUA